AUGCGUUUCAUAAAGAAUUCAAAAGAAUUUUUUAUUCGUUUAUCACCAAAACAACGAUGGUUAUUGGCGUUGGGGACACUGCUAGCUAUUGCGCUGGUUGUGUUGUUCUUUGUAUUUGAAGAACCGAUCAUGAAAGCGCUUGCACCACUUGCAGAAACUGUUCGGUCAUCACGAUAUGGGUACUUUAUAAUGGGUGGAUUGAUUGCUCUCUCGAGUUUUCCUCCGCUUCCGGGCUACAGUGCGUUAAUUCUAGUCUGCGGUUUUAUCUACGGCUUCCCACUAGGCUUCGUCCCAGCAUUUGCAGGAGCGGUCAUUGGAGCGAUUGGUUCUUUUUGGCUGUUUAGAAAGGCGUUAACAGGAUAUGUAAAACGAUUACUCGCUAAGCAGGGGAAAUUUGCUGCUUUAUCCUUGGCUGUUGAAGAGGGUGGAUUUAAAAUAAUCUUUUUAAUCCGUCUAAGUCCCUUUCCCUACACCUACUCCAAUGCAUUCUUCGCCUCCUUGCACACGGUUUCUUUCCCAACUUUCCUCCUCGCGACUGUUCUUUCCCUUCCUAAACUACUCGUUCAUAUCUUCAUUGGUUCUCGACUCGGCGAUCUAUCUUCUAGCAGCAUGGACAAGACAUCGAGAUUGAUCAAUUAUCUCACCAUCUUCAUCGGUGGCCUCCUGUUUAUCAUAGCCACGUGGUAUGUGUACAAGAAGACUAACAAAAUAGCCAAAGCAGCUGCGAAAAGACGCAGCAGAACGAUCAAUGAAGGUCUGGGAAACGAUAGUGAAGUGUUUUUGCAAGAUGAAGAAGUGAAGAUUGAGAUGGGUGUUGCUGGACGCGCUAACGAGGACAGUGAAAGUUCUGGAACUGAGGACGAGAGGUGA